AUGGCCGGUCCUAGCAAGUCUCUGGUCCUUGACCCGGCCCUCCAGAAAUACUACGAACUCAACGCCAACCGCUACAAGUACUGGAAAUGGACCCCGCGCCACGCAUGGCUUUCCUUCGUCUACAUGGGUCUAAUCCCCGGUGUUCUCACUUACAUUGCCUACAAGACUGAGGGCAAAUACGAAUUCCGUGGCAAGCGCAGGGGUGACACCAUCCAAGAGUGGUAA